CGUUCACAUCACACACACACACAGACACAGGCACCACACAGACAGACAGACAGAGAGCGAGACACACACACACACACAGACAGAGAGAGAGAGGGAGAGACUGGUACUGAAAAAGUGGAGCAGCAUAACCACCCUUUUCCAUCCUGCAGCCGAAGCAGCAGCAUCAUCCACCACCGACCAACAGCCAACUCAAGUGGGAACAUCAGAAAGAAAGUGUGAGCUUAGACCAGACUGUCCUCCGGUGUCCACAGUCCCCCCUUCCUCCUCCUCCUCCUCUUCUUCCUCCUCCUCGUCCUCCUCCUCCUCCUCCUCAACAAAAUGUCCGUGGGCAGUGACUUUGGGAAUCCUUUAAGAAAAUUCAAACUCGUCUUUCUGGGGGAACAGAGCGUUGGGAAGACGUCUCUGAUCACACGGUUCAUGUAUGACAGCUUUGACAACACAUAUCAGGCCACAAUUGGAAUUGACUUCCUAUCAAAAACCAUGUACUUGGAAGAUCGAACGCCUCCUCAGCUUUCCCUCUCUGAACCCCAGGUGAGGUUGCAGCUGUGGGACACGGCUGGACAAGAGCGCUUCAGGAGCCUCAUUCCCAGCUACAUACGGGACUCCACUGUGGCUGUGGUGGUCUACGACAUUACAAACGUUAACUCCUUCCAGCAGACGUCAAAAUGGAUCGACGACGUCAGGACAGAGAGGGGAAGUGAUGUCAUCAUUAUGCUUGUCGGCAAUAAAACAGAUCUGGCAGAUAAGAGGCAAAUCACAAUUGAGGAAGGUGAACAGAGGGCCAAAGAGCUGAGUGUCAUGUUCAUAGAGACGAGUGCCAAGACGGGAUACAACGUCAAACAGCUGUUUCGUCGCGUGGCGGCUGCUCUUCCAGGGAUGGAAAGUAUGCAAGAAACAAGCAAAGAAGGGAUGAUCGACAUCAAACUGGACAAACCGCAGGAGCCGCAGACGACUGAAGGAGGCUGUUCCUGUUAAUGUCCUCGUCCUGAACGACAGCAUCAUUGACACCACGCGCUUGUUACGUUGCUUCCUGUUGGUUCACCUGCCGUUGACUCUGCACGUUUAGAAUCCUGCCUCCUCACCCGACAGCUGGUCACCACGUGGAAUUAGCAAUAUGUGAAUUUAGUUGUUUUUUUAAAAAAUCCGCCUUUGUUAAUGAAACGUGAGACGUGUCAUGUGGUAAAGAUGAUGUUGCAUCUCAUGUGUUUACAGUAGGAACGUGUGUUUCCCCCACUUUCUGUUUUUAUAUUUGUUUGCAUAUUCAGGGAAAUUCUCUGGAAAAGUGUCUUUUGUGUUGCUGUUUUUUUGUUAAUGAGCCGGAAAGAAGAGAUUUUAGUUGUAUUCUAUAUGGAUGUCACUGCUGUUACAGGCAACGAUGGAGGCCCAACGUUAACCACACCAGUCUGUCACUCCGUCCCUUUGAUUUCACGCCAACGCACAAACAUCUGCAGUCAUUCACUGAAACGUGUCGGCCAAUCACAGCCUCGUUAACCCCAGCGUGAUCCGUAAUUAUUGAUAGGACAAACUGAAGAGUAGCUAAUGCAUGCGUAGUUCUCCAGCAUAGAUACCAGUGACUGCACGUGUACACACACACACACACACACACACACACACGUAACAUGUCAAUUACACCACUGACUUCAUGCACUCUUAAGCGUUUGUUUAUGAAAACUGAUUGAGACUUAUGAGACUUGUACAGUGUGUGUGUAUGUGUGUGUGUGUGUAGGCAACAUUAGAAUGCAGAUACUGUAUAUAGACGUCCACUGCCAGGUCGUGUCGUGUCAUUCCUGCUCCACCGCGUGUCCACGGGUCACCGUCCGUUCGCUGGAUGUCGCACACGGGCGCACGCUCACAACUGUACUACGAUAUCUUUGGUUGUAGUGAUUAUGGUCAGCGUGCAGACGAGAGUCACAGAGGAACCACAGCCUGUGUAUAAAAAUGGACUUAGCAGUCGCAGUUUGCCACCAGGGGGCGACUGCUGGUUGCAAAAACGAACCCUGUUAGAAUGUCUAAGGGGAAAUGAGCUUGGACUUCUCACUUGGUCAAACAUUUUGUGAAGUUGAAUGUUUUAAUCAUUAGUUAAAGAUCUCCCUCGAUUUUGUAAAUCGUGUUCACAUUUUGAGCAAAAUGGACGAUAAAUCACGGCACACGUGAGUGGACACCAGUGUGAUUGACAGCUGGUGUCGUCCAGGAGGAGCCUGGUCAAACUGUGACUUUGAUCAUUUUUAUACACAGACUAUGAGGAGUGAGGAGCAGGAACACGACUCUCACUGUGUUGCUGAUCUAAACGUCGUCAACACAAACCAGUCGCCAGGAUCAGAUGUUGCCGCUGUACAUUUUUGCAAACUACAGAUGUUCCUUUAAACCUAAAUGAUGUCACUGAUUUACAUAAUCUACAUGUGUACGUCAACUUGUUUGUUUCAGAUUGUGACAGUUAAGUGGACACUAUGUUCCUCACAGAGCCCAAAUUCACAAAAUCACAGUUUGCCUCGCUGGACUUUACAGUCUGUAGGUUUGAGUAAGAAACACCUCCCAAAAAAACCCUUUGAUAAGGGGAAAUAAUGUAAGAAAACAAUUAAAAUUGCGUCCCUUAAGUCUGAAAUGGGCGUGACAAAAAACACUGGGUAGAUUUCAGAAAAGACAAUGUUUUUCAUUAUAUUGUCAAUAUUCUCUCCAUUAAAAAACACAUUGAAAUUUCAUUUUGCAACAAACCAAAAAACUCAAAUACUUCAACCAAGAUUCAAACAUUGUGUUCUGAGCUGAAUGUUUCCCACAGUUUGCAUCAAAGUAAAAAGAAAAAGCAACAGAAUUUUCUGGCAAAAACGUGUGUGCGUGGAACCACUUUCAUUUCCGUCAGAAGACUAAUUUGCACAUGUAGAUAUUUGAGGUGUUUGAAUAUAAAGUUGUGAAGAAGCUUCAUUCUAAGUCCCUGUACAGUCACUUCAUUUAGGAGCUGCCUGAUUGUCACAGAAUGUCACAUGACAUCGUCUUUGCUGCUUGUGUUUAAACUGACUAUUGAUGAUAUCAUGUUUGUUUUUUGAAAGCCUUUUGUUUUCUUACCAACGCCUGAUUGAGAAACACUACUUUGAUCUGACUCAUGAAAUGUUACUGCACUUUUGUAUGUUUUAGAGUUAGUGUGACGAUGUAAGUCUUAGAAACAUGGUUAAAAAUCAUCAUAAUUAUAAUAAUAAUCCAGAACCUUUGAGGUGCUGUGUCGUAGAGUAGAAUAAAACAGUCAUGAGUUGUUCACACAUGUACACAAAAGGACUCUUUGAUCUUUGAUCCGUCCUAACUCACUUAAUGAGUCAAAUAAUAAUAAAAAAGUCCAGGUUUGGAGAUUUGACUUGAACUCACUCUUUCAUUGUUUCAUGCGACUGAGACAGGAAGUUACUGCUGUCGUUACUGACCUCACAGAAAAAGACUCACUGGUUGUUAUUUAUUUUUAAUUGUGGACAAAAUGAUUGAUCAGUAGCUGUAGACAUCGCUCUCUAUUGACAUUCCCUUAAAGAAAUGGACCAAGUCAUGCAACACAAAUGUGUGUUGUGUUCAGGAGGAGGAGGAGGAGGAGGAGGAGGUCUGCAUUUCCUGAGGGUGUGUGUGUGUGUGUGUGUGUUCUGUCACAGCUCUGUGCCGCAGAACUGACACUCCAUUUACGCUGUACAGAGAUCCAGCAUGUCUCUCCUUAAACGAUUAAUAAAGAUGUCUUAUUACCAAA